GAAUUUUUGUUUGAUAGGUCAUGUUUGCCUAAUGAAAAUGAUGUAGUUUGGAAUCUCAAUACUAUAUUGGAAUUUCAUAGGAAAUUCAUUGAUUCGUAUAAUACUUCCGAAAGUCCAUUAAAACUAUUUACUCUUAUUAAGUUGUGUUCAAAUUUCAGUAGAUAAAUUUUAUAAGGAGGAUGAAGAUUUGCCUGUUACUACUCAUUCAUUUUCUUCUUGCACCUUCAAUCACCACAGAAGAUGAAAUCUUGAGCUGUGCCGUCUACGGAAGUAUCAAUGUUUGUUUCAAUGCAACACAUAUACAAAUUUCAAAAUCAACUGGUGCUCUCAAGAAGAGUUAUUUCCCAACAAUGUCUAGCAUUCAAAGUAUGGAAUUUGUGUCCAACAAUUUAACGGACAUUGAACCGAAAUUUUUUUCGAAAUUUCCUGAAUUGACUGAAUUAAUUAUCAGAGGUAACGAAAAAUUCCCAAACAUUACAAGACACUUACUUGGGCAUUGCCAAAAAUUGAUAAGCCUGAAAAUAUACUUCAAUAUGAGACUACACCACAUCGAUGAAAAUGUUUUGAGAAACUUUCCUAACCUCAAAGAAUUAAUCAUAAGAUCAGAGAGAAUUCAACAUUUGAGGAAACAUGAUCUUCAAGUUGUAACUAAUUUGAGAGUACUCAAUUUAGAUUUGACUACACUGAAGCGAAUCGACAAUAAUGCAUUCGAACCAAUUGGAAAAUUAGAAGAGUUAUCUUUGAUGGCAAAUAACUUCCUGCAUAUCAAUAAUGAAAUAUUCCAUUGGAUUCCAAAUCUGACAGAACUGAACCUGAUAUACGCAGAAGUCAAUGAUAUCAGUUUUCUGAAGAAACUACCGAAACUUCGAAUUCUGAAAUUAGCUGGUAACAAAAUAUCAAAUUUGUUCGCAGAUGACGUGAAAGGCUUAAGUGAAUUACGUGAAUUAGAUUUAGCACACACCAGAAUCAAGCACAUAGAUACUAGUGCCUCAUUUUACAAAAAUGUUCCAAAACUGAAGAAAAUAGAUAUCACCUGUCACGAUCUAGGAAGCGAAUUGUUUGACAUUGUAAACUUAUCCGAACAUGGUAUAACUUUAAUUGAUAAAUAUACAGACAUUGAGACAAGAACAUUGUCUUGCUGAAAUUGAGAUACAGUCAAAAUUUUCAGGUUCAAACUAAAAGUGCCUAUACACGCACCGGCGAACUUGCAGUCCAGGACUGUAGAUACGUCGAUCUUCAGUGCAACUGCACUACAGUUUUUUUGGAGUUUCAGUUCAAAUUGACAGUCCCGACUCCCGGACUGCAGUUCGCCGGUGCGUGUAUAGGCACUUUUACUCACAUACACCCAAAUAUCUAUUGAGUAUGUUCUAUGUAUAUGGAUAAUGGGUCAGAGAAAACCAACCCGUGUCAAGAAUCGACUUCUGCGCAUAUGCAGAAAUAUAAAGAAUAGUUGUUUGUGUGUCAUUCUAAUACAUGGUUAUAUUAACUGA